AUGCUUGAGAUUGUUUUAGACAGGUUAGCAAAAUGGACUAUGAGCAAGCGCAAAAAAUUAAGUCCGAAGAGUAUCAAGCCAAAAAUCAGCUUUGAGCGUACCCUCUAUGAUAUCAAGUUGGAGAACCUCUCAGCUAGCAGCACGACAGUAGAAGCGUCGAGAGGUGGGGAUACCGCCAGUGUGCUCCACCAAGCAGCAACACCAUCAGCUUUAACGUCAGUAUCAACAGUACCUUCAACAUCAAUGAUCGUUCCAAAUAUGCAAUUCACCCACGGCGCAGUUGCAUCGUCUUCAGCAAACAUGGUCCAAGUUGCAGAAUCGAUGCGUACAUCAAAUCAUUUAUUGCAAGUGAAAGAUAGCUCAAAAGACAGACAAAACGAUCUCAUUGAAAUGCCACAGUACGCCUUUGCAAUGUUUGCAAAUAAACAAAAAACUAUCUGCUUCAAGCUCCUCACUAUCAAAGCACUCCUAAAUAUCAAGCUCAGCAAAAUGCAAUUAGUAGAGACAGAAUUAGUCGCUUUCGUGGAUAGUGAAGCGCUUAAGUCAGUCUGCGGUGUUGUUUCAGACGACAACUCACGACCAACUCUAUACCACGAUCAAUAUCUACCAAGGUCCUUCACUGUAAAGCAUUUCGCAAUGAAUGCGAACAAGGAUAUCAUCACAGAUUUCCUCGCUGAAGUUCGAGAACAAGUCGAUCAGGAAAUCACGCCCCAAGUUCUCCUCAAAGCUGGCUUUGUAUCUGAUAGAAUUCGCAAUCGUAGUGCUGUUAACGGAUGUGAUGAUCUAGAGGCCUCUAUACGCCACAUGGUAUUCAACAAGUACUUCGAAGACUUUGCCGGCGACGUACUCGAUUUCCUCCAAGCCAGAGUACACUUGGCGCUCAGCAAAGAAAGCAACAGAAUCUUUAAACGCUCUUUAAUCUACAGAGCGCAAGUUUUUGUUGAUAGCUUCAAGAAGAAGAAACCUGAGCCAAAGGUAGAAGACACCCUACCUAGAAGCGCAAAUGAGAUAUAUACGCUCAACAAGCUGACUGUAAAUUUGGCUGUCGUCGACAGAAUCGAUCUCGUCGACGACAUGGAGAGGGCUAGUAAAUUUGACAUUGAAUGCCUAAAAUACCUACACUGGCUGCUGGAAUGGAGGCGCAAAGAUUUCUUCUAUCCUGAUCCACCACCAUACGUCGAUCCAAGAUGUUCAGCAGACACACCUCGUCCAUCUAGAAGAUACCGCUACAGGCUGUUUACAGCUCCUGAAUCUAUCGAAAGCGCUUUCCCAAGCUCUCCAAUUAGCAAUGGUUCUCAGUUCGGAUUGGAUCCCAGAGCACCAGGUGUCGAGAUAACUCUGACAAAUUUCGAGAAAUGGUUACCAGACCCAACUCCCUCACCAGCACGGCCGUCAACAGACUCAAUUGAUCUUCAAUUUACCCUCACAGCGGGGAGUGAAAGAAACAGCAUGAUAAAGACCCGUAAUGAAAACUACGAAGCUGGAAAAGCUCAAGAGCAGCGUCAAUAG